AUGCGAAGAAGGCAGAUUCGACUUCUGGCAAAAUGCACGAAAUGGCCUCCGCCAAUGCCUUCCAAAGCAGGACUAGCAUUGCAAGGAUCGCGACGACGGCCAGUUCCUACUCGGGGUAGGGAAAAUUCCCACGCCCAGACACCAAUCACAAAAGCACGUCAUCUGCCCAGUACCGCCGUGGAGCGCGGCUUUCUUUUCUUCGCGGCGCGGGGCGGCGCACGAGAGCGUCUUGCUUUUCGUGAUGUCGGGGGCGAGGGCGGGGGCGGGGCCGGCCCCUCCCGCGAGCGGGCAGCGACCGGGCGCGCGCCGGCGCGGCGCCGCCGCAGUGUCACGCAGCGUUAUGGCACGGGACAGCGCGCCGCCGCUGUGAGGAAGGGAGGGGCGGCGCAGUGCGGAGAGGCGAGGCGCACCCCGCCCCGCCUCGGCCCCGCGUGUCAUGCUCUCGCUCUGCGGCCGGGCGGGGCGGACGCCAGUCCUCAUCGUCAGCAGGUGCCCCAUGCCAAUUCCCUCGCCCGCCUUAUCACUGCCGGGGUCCACAGCGUGCGCUUACGAGACGGCAGGGAUGCGCGCAGAUGUGGGUCAAGGAAGUGGAACAGUCCACGCCAAUCGCGCGUUCAAUACUUUUCGCGCUGCACUCUUCGUGCUCAUUGGUUACAGCCUGUGAAAGGAACUAUACUUCUGGAUCAAGAUUUCUUGGAAACAAAUCAACUGGCCCAACAAAAGUAGAAUAAUUUGACAAAAAGAGAAAGAUCAUAAUUUAUAAUUUAUCUACCUUUUAAAUUUAGUUUGUUUGCUUAUAAAAAUAUAUGC